AUGAUCCCGGAAUUGACAGCGGUCUGGGCACGGGGCUGGGACAUGCGCCUCGUGCCUGAUGUAGUCCCGAACACCUUUCGCGGCUACAACCCUCGUCUCCGGGGUUCCCGCGAGUUUGAGAGCGCAAAAAAUGAACAUCUGUACCUUACCGACGGAGGAAUGAAGUGAGUCUUGAACCCCUCCCGGCACAUGGAACGCGAGCCCGCUAAAGACUCGAUCAUCCUCACCAUAUUCCUGCUCCCAGCGGCGAAAACAUCCCUUUGGAGCCCCUUCUCGUCAAAGCGCGCCGACUCGACACCAUCUUUGCGAUCGAUGCCUCGCAGGAUACCAAAAAGUCGUGGCCGAACGGCCGGUCGCUACAUCGGACGUUGGAACGUAUUCGCCUCACAGCGAACGGGUACAGUGACUUCCCGCCUGUGCCUACGACAGCAUGGCACUUUUUGAAAGCGGGGUUGACGAGGAGGCGCGUAUUUUUCGGGUGCGACGUGGGGGAUGCGCGUGUUGAAAACCUGGGAGCUGUGCGUGUAGCCCAGUUUUCCGAGGACAAAGCAGAACAGACGCGCUGAUCCGCUUUCUCUUUUCGUCUGACAGACCCGAUCAUACUCUAACUGCCCAACGCCGCCGUCCGGAACUCGCGCUACUCGACCAACACCGAAACGAUGCAAAUGGAGUACUCCCUCCAACUCGGAUACCGAGGCCUUCCUCGACACUGCUCACGCGAACGCCAUGGAAGGAUACCCCAUGCGUGAUGCGGUCGCGGAGGUUGCGGACCCGAGGUACAAGACGGCUUUGAAGUGCGCAAUCGUGGAUCGACCGAGACAGAGGGCCGGGAUCAAGAGGUCGGCGAUUUGUCAAAGUUUGAUGCAGAGAUGUGAGUUCUUGGAUGGUAUUAGCGAGUGGAUUCGUUCGAGGUGUUCACGCCCCCUCCGUCUCCACCGGUCGCAGACUGCUGGACCUCUUAAACAUGAAACCCACCAGCCGUGAUCCCAUCCCGUUUCUGCCCCCCCCCCCCCUAUCACGCGGUCCAUCACGCGGUCCGCCUGGGCACAUUUCACGCGCGUUCCUAUCACCCUCUUUUCAUAGCUCCAACGCUAUUUCUUACAGUCACUCUCCCUCCCUCCCUCACGCACACACACACACUCUCUCUCUCUCUCUCUCACCGUGCUCCCUCUCGCAGUCUCCUUUUUCUCAGCCGUCCUCACACAAAAAAAGGUACAUACACUCGUUCUCCCCUCGAGCCGCCGGUCGGCGUGA